AUAACGGUCGGUUAUGCAACACACAACGCAGUCACCUAGGUGCACGAACCUCUCGCCUCAAACUUGACAACCCCAUCUUGUCGAAAUGACAUUCAACCAUUUCAAAUUCAAGUUUCUACCUUAAGUACACAAAAUGGAGAGCACCGAAGAAACGAGAAGUUACGGCUCUGAGGGUCACUUGUCGCGGAAGUCGUCGGAGAGUCCCCACCCGUCGAUCCGCUCGUCCAACACCAGUAAAAAAAUCAGGACUUCUCGGAGUUCCGUGAGCGUCCAGCGCAGCUCGCUCAUCCCGCAGAAGGAGUCCGUGUACUCGGAGGGACCUUCAGACGAAAUAACCGAACCCAAGAAACAAGAAAGUGCGCUUGGGUGCGACUGCGCGCCUGGGUUCUACAACAAGGUUUUGGGACCUACGGCGGACGAAACUAUCCUGACGGGGCUGCAGACUCUUAUAGAUUUGUGUGGUAAGUUGAGGGUUUGUGGGGAGAGGGAUGAGUCGGGGGAGGAGGAGCCGGAACGGGAGCAGGACCUACCAGAGAAGGACACCUCGACUAAAUUAAGAGCGUCCAAAAUCCAAACGGAACAAAGCUUAGCAGCUGCCAAGAGCCAGACUGAGCGCAACAUAAAAACCUCCAAAAGCCAAACUGAUCACUCUAUGGUUUCGGCAGGCUUUCAAGUCAAUCCAAGUGUGAAAUCGAUAGAUGUUCAAACUGCUCCUUACCCACAGAUGGUGUCUGAAAUUCUACAAACCAUUGGGUUGACACCAGAGAUGGUUUCAAAGGUUUUGCAGACGUCAUUCGUAGACAUGACCGAGCCCCAGAAAGCCAGCCUAAUGUCAAACGCCAUGCAAACCAGCAUCCGCGAAGUAAAGUCAGGCCAAGUUCAAACCAGCUCCAGUCUCCUACCAACCAUCCAGGAACAAACCGAACCACCUCCUCACAGAGACUCCAAAACCCAAUCCGACGUGGUUCGUUCCGUCAGCAAGCAAACCCUAACCGAGAAAAGCAAAAGCUCCACCACCAUUCUGGAACCACGACCGGAGAAAGUAAAACCUGAGCAACAAGUCAAAAGCGACGAACACAAAUGCAUUUCUCCCCCGGAACCACCCGACAUCCACUGCAAAUGCUGCAAGUGCUCGUCCUCCAGCAGCCUGCGACGAAGCUCCAAAAGCUCGGUCGACAAAGCCCCGUGUGUGUGCGGCAGCAAACCCUCCACCAAGUGCAAGUGCGAGUCUUCGCCGGAGCGCAGAAAGUCUGGAGAGGGCGAACACGGAGAUCAACAAAGCCCGGUUGAGGUGAAGUACGCCAUCACGAAAAUCUCCAAGUUCAAGGAGUUUACGACGUUUGAGGUUAUGAGGUCCACGAGGAACCAGCCGAGUAAGAUGCCGAAGGGGAUUGAGGGGGUUUUCGUGCUGAAGAAGAAGAACGGGGACUCGAAUGGGGAGGUGCGGGUGAAGACGUCGAAGCGGGGGAUUAACGGGUCGAAGAACGGGGGGAGUAGGAGCUCGAACGGGGGGAAGCGCCGGAGUUCGAAGGAGAUUAACGGGGGUAAUGGGAGUAACGCGGGUAAUGGGGGGAGGAGCGGAGAGGUGAGGAGUCACAGCCAAGUGGAAGCUAACUAA